GGCGGUUGGGGUGGGAAUUGACAGCGGAGUACCGAGCGCGGGCGGAGGAGGCUCCGGAGCAGCGCGCCAGCGGCGGUCCCCAGUGCCUGUCGGGCUCGUCCGCAGCCCUCAGGCCUGCGGCGGAAAGCGCACAGCGAAGGCGGCUCUACCCACGGCAUUAAGCGAGCACCAGCUCCCACCUCCCUUGCCGCCCCGUCGGGCACUGGUGAAGAGUCAGUGGUACCCAGCAUAAAAGAUGACAACAGCAGCCAGGCCAACUUUUGAACCUGCAAGAGGUGGAAGAGGAAAAGGAGAAGGUGAUUUGAGCCAACUCUCAAAGCAGUAUUCAAGCAGAGACCUACCUUCUCAUACAAAGAUAAAAUACAGACAAACUACUCAGGAUGCCCCUGAAGAGGUUCGUAACCGUGACUUCAGGAGAGAGUUGGAAGAGAGAGAGAGAGCUGCUGCUAGAGAGAAAAACAGAGACCGUCCAACCCGAGAACAUACAACCUCAUCUUCAGUGUCAAAAAAGCCUCGGUUAGACCAGAUUCCUGCUGCCAACCUUGAUGCAGAUGACCCUCUAACAGACGAGGAAGAUGAAGAUUUUGAAGAGGAGAGUGAUGAUGAUGAUACUGCAGCUCUUCUUGCAGAACUGGAAAAAAUUAAAAAAGAAAGAGCUGAAGAGCAGGCCAGAAAGGAACAAGAGCAAAAAGCUGAAGAAGAAAGGAUUCGUAUGGAGAACAUUCUGAGUGGAAAUCCCCUCCUUAAUCUCACUGGCCCAGCCCAGCCUCAGGCCAAUUUCAAAGUUAAAAGAAGGUGGGAUGAUGAUGUUGUCUUCAAGAACUGUGCAAAAGGUGUAGAUGAUCAGAAGAAAGACAAAAGAUUUGUAAAUGAUACAUUGCGAUCUGAAUUUCACAAAAAGUUCAUGGAGAAAUAUAUUAAAUAGUACAGUUUUAUGUGCUUAAAGACUGUAAAAUAUGAAGGAUCA